AUUCCUACAAGAGUUUAUUUUUUGAAAAUAAUAUAAAGUACACCUUUCUCUGUCGGGAGGAACAAAUACACUCACUGUGUAUUGUGCAUCGAUAUCGAGAAAUGUAUUGGGUUACGGCCAAAAACGUCGUCGUUUCAGUUCCCCGUUGGCGUUCACUGUCCCUUUUCCUCCGUCCGCCACUUCACCGGCGUUUGUUCUCUUUCUCUCCACAUACUCUGUGCCGAGAGCAGAUACGUUGCGUGAAGGAGCGGAAGUUUUUUGCCACAACGGCAAAAAAACUCAAACAACCAAAAAGUAUUCCAGAGGAAAAAGACUAUGUUAAUAUUAUGUGGUGGAAAGAGAGAAUGGAAUUCUUGAGAAAGCCUUCUUCCGCUCUUCUGGCUAAGAGGCUUACAUAUUGUAAUUUGCUGGGUGUGGAUCCGAGUUUGAGAAAUGGAAGUCUUAAAGAGGGAACACUUAACUCGGAGAUGUUGCAGUUCAAGUCAAAAUUUCCACGUGAAGUUUUGCUCUGUAGAGUAGGUGAUUUUUAUGAAGCUAUUGGAUUCGAUGCUUGUAUUCUUGUGGAAUAUGCUGGUUUAAAUCCAUUUGGUGGCCUGCGCUCAGAUAGUAUACCAAAAGCUGGUUGUCCAGUUGUGAAUCUAAGACAGACGCUGGAUGAUCUCACACGUAAUGGUUUCUCUGUGUGUGUCGUGGAGGAAGUUCAGGGUCCAACUCAAGCUCGUGCUCGUAAGAGUCGAUUUAUAUCAGGGCAUGCACAUCCAGGCAGUCCCUAUGUUUUUGGCCUUGUUGGAGAUGAUCAAGAUCUUGAUUUUCCAGAACCAAUGCCUGUUGUUGGAAUAUCCCGUUCAGCGAAGGGGUAUUGCAUUAUCUCUGUUUACGAGACUAUGAAGACUUACUCUGUGGAAGAUGGCCUAACUGAAGAAGCCGUAGUCACCAAACUUCGUACUUGUCGAUGCCAUCAUUUGUUUUUGCAUAAUUCAUUGAAGAACAAUUCCUCAGGAACAUCGCGUUGGGGAGAGUUUGGUGAAUGUGGACUUUUGUGGGGAGAAUGUAAUGCUAGACAGCAGGAAUGGUUGGAUGGCAAUCCUAUCGAUGAGCUUUUGUUCAAGGUAAGAGAGCUUUAUGGUCUCAAUGAUGACAUUCCAUUCAGAAAUGUCACUGUUGUUUCAGAAAAUAGGCCCCGUCCUUUACACCUUGGAACUGCCACACAAAUUGGUGCUAUUCCAACCGAAGGGAUUCCAUGUCUGUUAAAGGUGUUGCUUCCUCCUCAUUGCAGUGGUCUACCAGUCCUGUAUAUUAGGGAUCUUCUUUUAAAUCCACCAGCCUAUGAGAUUUCUUCAGACAUUCAAGAGGCAUGCAGACUUAUGAUGAGUGUCACAUGUUCAAUUCCUGAUUUUACCUGUAUUUCAUCUGCAAAGCUGGUCAAGCUGCUUGAGUUGAGGGAGGCAAAUCACGUUGAGUUCUGCAAAAUAAAGAGCAUGGUCGAAGAGAUACUGCAGUUGUAUAGAAAUUCAGAGCUUCGUGAUAUUGUAGAGUUACUGAUGGAUCCUACUUGGGUGGCAACUGGGUUGAAAGUUGAUUUUGAUACACUAGUAAAUGAAUGUGCAAAGAUUUCUUGUAGAAUCAGUGAAAUAAUAUCCGUACAUGGUGAAAGUGAUCAAAAGAUUAGUUCCUAUCCUAUCAUCCCAAAUGAUUUCUUUGAAGAUAUGGAGUUGUUGUGGAAAGGCCGUGUCAAGAGGAUCCAUUUGGAGGAAGCAUAUGCAGAAGUAGAAAAGGCUGCGGAUGCUUUAUCUUUAGCCAUAACAGAAGAUUUCCUACCUAUUAUUUCAAGAAUAAGGGCCACGAUGGCCCCACUUGGAGGAACUAAAGGGGAGAUUUUGUAUGCCCGUGAGCAUGGAGCUGUAUGGUUUAAGGGAAAGAGAUUUGUACCAACUGUUUGGGCUGGAACCGCUGGAGAAGAACAAAUUAAGCAACUCAGACCUGCUCUAGAUUCAAAGGGGAAGAAGGUUGGAGAAGAAUGGUUCACUACAAUGAGGGUGGAAGAUGCAAUAGCUAGGUAUCACGAGGCAAGUGCUAAGGCAAAGUCAAGGGUCUUGGAAUUGCUAAGGGGACUUUCUUCUGAAUUACUAUCUAAGAUCAAUAUCCUUAUCUUUGCAUCUGUCUUGAAUGUGAUAUUGAAGUCAUUAUUUUCUCAUGUGAGUGAAGGAAGAAGAAGAAAUUGGAUUUUCCCAACAAUCACACAAUUUAACAAAUGUCAGGACACAGAGGCACUUAAUGGAACUGAUGGAAUGAAGAUAAUUGGUCUAUCUCCUUAUUGGUUUGAUGCAGCACGAGGGACUGGUGUACAGAAUACAGUAGAUAUGCAGUCCAUGUUUCUUUUAACAGGUCCAAAUGGUGGGGGCAAAUCAAGCUUGCUGCGUUCGUUGUGUGCAGCUGCAUUGCUAGGAAUGUGUGGGUUCAUGGUUCCAGCUGAAUCGGCUGUCAUUCCUCAUUUUGACUCAAUUAUGCUGCAUAUGAAAUCAUAUGAUAGUCCUGCUGAUGGAAAAAGUUCAUUUCAGAUUGAAAUGUCUGAAAUUCGGUCUCUGAUUACUGGUGCCACUUCAAGAAGUCUUGUACUUAUAGAUGAAAUAUGUCGAGGAACAGAAACAGCAAAAGGGACAUGUAUUGCUGGAAGUGUCGUAGAAACCCUGGACGAAAUUGGCUGUUUGGGAAUUGUAUCAACCCACUUGCAUGGAAUAUUUGAUUUACCCCUGAAAAUCAAGAAGACCGUGUAUAAAGCAAUGGGUGCUGAAUAUGUUGACGGUCAACCAAUACCAACUUGGAAACUCAUUGAUGGGAUCUGUAAAGAGAGUCUAGCAUUUGAAACAGCUCAGAGAGAAGGAAUUCCAGAAAUAUUAAUCCAAAGAGCAGAAGAAUUGUAUAAUUCAGCUUACGGGAAUCAGAUACCAAGGAAGAUAGACCAAAUAAGACCUCUUUGUUCAGAUAUUGACCUCAAUAGCACAGAUAAAAGUUCUGACCAAUUAAAUGGUACAAGACAAAUAGCUUUGGAUUCUAGCACAAAGUUAAUGCAUCGAAUGGGAAUUUCAAGCAAGAAACUUGAAGAUGCUAUCUGUCUUAUCUGUGAGAAGAAGUUAAUUGAGCUGUAUAAAAUGAAAAAUCCGUCAGAAAUGCCAAUGGUGAAUUGCGUUCUUAUUGCUGCCAGGGAACAGCCGGCUCCAUCAACAAUUGGUGCUUCAAGUGUCUAUAUAAUGCUAAGACCUGACAAAAAGUUGUAUGUUGGACAGACUGAUGAUCUUGAGGGCAGAGUACGUGCUCAUCGCUUGAAGGAGGGAAUGGAAAACGCGUCAUUCCUAUAUUUCUUAGUCUCUGGCAAGAGCAUCGCCUGCCAAUUGGAAACUCUUCUAAUAAACCAACUUCCUAAUCAUGGUUUUCAGCUAACAAACGUUGCUGAUGGUAAGCAUCGUAAUUUUGGCACAACCAAUCUCUCCCCAGAACCUUCAUCCGCGCUUAGAUGAACUCAUCAUUCUGCUAUGGAAGAGUUCAAGUUGGUGUAUAAAAUUUGUAUUAGUUUUUGAAAAUUUUCAAGGGAUGAGUAAUUCAACUUUCAGUGGCUGCAGCAAUUUUGGGUUAGUUUUAGCUUCUCCACAUGUAUAUCACAUCAUCACCUGUGAAACUAAGGGUUAAUUAAGCCUUAUAACACUUUUGAUAUCUAAGUUUUAGUGUCCUGACAAAGAUGUGGUCUAACAGAUAAUGAAGUGCGUAAAAAUUAUGAGAGACGACUACAACAAUAUUUUUUGACCAAUAUUCUAUUAGGGUUUACUUUGACAUAUAUUUAUAUCGAGAAAAUAAUCCAUUGACUGUA